AUGUCUCUCGCGACUAGAUGCUGCCGAAGCGCUAUCCGCCUCUCUUCAGCUUCUGCCUCCAUCCGCACUUCCUCUCAAGUUACUCGAUUGAACGCAAGCACAUCAUACAUCACUCAGCGAAGGCGAUAUGAGUCCACGGCCGCGGAGCCAGCUGCACCAACUAGCGAAAAAAUCACCAAGAUCGUCGACCAGAUAAGUCAAUUGACGCUCCUUGAAACUGCCGAUUUAGUUGCAAGCUUGAAGACUCGUCUUAACAUCCCUGACCUGCCAGUUGGAGGCUUCGCAGCCGGUCCUGGUGGACCAGCUCCCGCUGCCGCCGUAGAGGAGGAGGAAGCCGCACCAGCAGCACAAGAAAAGACCCUGUUCAACCUCAAGCUCGAGUCAUUCGAUGCCGGCUCCAAGGCCAAGAUUAUCAAGGAAGUCAAGUCGAUGCUCGGACUCUCUCUCGUGGAGAGCAAGAAAUUCGUCGAAAGCGUUCCCAAGGUUAUCAAGGAAUCCGUUCCAAAGGAGGAGGCCGAGAAGAUUGUUGCUACUUUGAAGGCUUUGGGCGCCGUUGCCACUCUGGAUUAA